UAUAAUCAGUCGUCAUAAUGUUUCCAGUCCUGAUUCUGUGUUUGAUGCUGGUCAGCGGCGUAGAGGGUACAUGGGGCACCAAGAACCGCGACCCUUCAGACGGAGUUAUGGGACCUGCCGGCCCUGCUGGACCAGCUGGUCCAUCUAGAGUGAUCGUAGAACUUGGUGUCAGGGGAGCAAUGGGAGCCCCUGGACCCAUUGGCCCUGCUGGCAGACCUGGUAGCGACGGACCCCCAGGUAGACGUGGAUCUCCUGGCGAGGACGGGUCGGUAGGACGUCAGGGAGCCCGGGGUGUUAAGGGACCACGCGGACCAACCGGAUCUGAUGGAAGAGAUGGUUCUGAUGGAGCCACUGGUGCCAAGGGUUCCACUGGAUCUCAAGGUGACAAGGGACCUCCAGGACCUCCAGGACCUGCUGGAACCGCUGGAAUGCCUUUCAAGAAUAUACAAAGGAACCAUACAAAUCCGAGGUCAGAGAAAGUGCAGGGAGGCAAGACUGGGACUUUUUCUUUUCGCAAGACGAGCCAAGUACAGGUGGUGCGACUCCUUUAAUUCCCAGCCUGGCAGGGAAAACGACAAGCCAUGGGGAUACACAUACUGCGUCGAAAACAUCUUUUCUGGUGUUACCGUACCUGCCGGCUGCGCAAAACCAAUCGCAGUACUGACGUAUGACAUCCACUAUAGCGAUGAAGAACUGCAUGGCGAGCAAGUGCUCUUUUGCCUGCCCUAGUUUUGAAUCUUUAGCAACGUUACACCCCAACAAAGUAGCAACUGCCAAACUAGGGCAGUCCGUAUGGGCCCUAUGCACGUGUCGGCCAUAUUGACUUGAAAGUGAGCUUAAGUCUUAAUGUUUGGAACUUGCGUAGAGAAAUGAAAGCAAGUUAAUUCCUAAUUAAUUCCACUCUGCUUCAAUGACAUUUAAAAUCUUUAAUUAAACAUUCCCUAAUGUUUAAAGCCAGAAAAAACAUGUCAGCAAAAUAAGGCUGCAUUAUGCCUACAUUAAAUUGUCUGGCGCCAUCUCAUUCAACAAUUAACAAUUAAUGAAAUGUCGAGGGAACUCGACAAAAAUGGCCAACUCAUGUAUAAGGCCCAUACUACAGUUUGGGUAUACCGAACUGAGGCAACACAGUUGAGCAUGAUUAACAAUAGUUUUCACUUUACAAACUCUGACCAUUAUUUUUCAUGCGCAGCCAUUUUUUGCAUAAAUAACAAUCCUAGUUGGCAACAACCCCCCCCCCCAAAAAAAACCCCUGCAAAUCUAGUUAAUUAAAGGAAUGUGUUUUGUCUCUGUUAUUUUGGUUUUGGCGUUUGAAAACUCAGCUCUUUUAUAGGGGUAUGAAAUGUUUGUAAACUAGUAUUUCGUUUUGCAAUGAAUGCCAACCAUAUUUAUACUAGCCACUGGUUUGAAGAAAAAAAAAGAACAGCCGUGACAAAGCAAAGGAAAGGUCUACGGCACGCCCACUGCAGUGGCGCACCCAGGAUUUGGGUUUUUUUUUU